AUGUUCGGCUCCAGCCGAGGUGGCGUGCGCGGGGGACAGGACCAGUUCAGCUGGGAGGAUGUGAAGACCGACAAGCAGAGGGAGAACUACCUGGGCAACUCGCUGAUGGCCCCAGUGGGCCGCUGGCAGAAGGGCCGCGACCUCACCUGGUACGCCAAGGGCCGGUCGGAGGGCGCGGGGAUGAGCCGCGAGCAGGAGCUGGCGGCCGUGAGGCAGGCGGAGCAGGAGGCGCUCAUGGCGGCGCUGGGCUACAAGAACGUGCGGAAGCAGCCCACCGGCCUGAGCAAGGAGGACUUUGUGGAGAUCUGCAAGCGUGAAGGUGGUGACCCCGAGGAGAAGGGGGUGGACCGGCUCCUGGGCCUGGGGAGCUCCAGCGGUUCCGCAGGCCGAGUGGCCUUGUCCCGAGAAGACAAGGAGGCGGCCAAGCUGGGGCUGCCGGUGUUCACGCACCACGGCGUGGACAGCAGCCGGCCCGGGGCCUCCCCGGCCCGGAAGAAGCCCAGGCAAGAGGAGAAGGUGGAGCAAGGUCCCCAGAGUCACAAGAAGAGCAAGAAAGAGAAGAAGAAAAAGAAGAAGCACAAGAAAGAGAAGAAGAGAGAGAAGGAGCACAGAACCUCACUGUCCUCGACUCCGACCAGGGCCCACCAUCGCAAGCACGAUUCCAACUCCUCUCCCAAGAAGAGGAGAAGGCGUGACAGUGACUGA